AUGGCCGCUAAGUCUGAUGGAGCAGCGGUGGCUGUGGAAGAUGACAACCCGCCCAGGAGCCUCUCGGAGCCAGGCCAAGCCACCCCCGCCGCCGGCGCCGCCUCCAUUGCGGCCGCCGGUGCCGCCGCUACCCGGCCACGGCGCGGCCCCACGGGCGGACAGGCGUACACGCUGCUGGACUGCUUCUGGGUACUGUGCGCCCUUCUCGUCUUCUUCUCCGACGGCGCCACCGACCUGUGGCUGGCCGCCGACUACUACCUGCGAGACGACUACUGGUGGUUCGGCCUGACGCUCGUCUUCGUCGUGGUGCCGUCCGCCGUCGUGCAGGUUCUCAGUUUCAGGUGGUUCGUGUACGACUACACGGAGCUGAGCGGCGCGGACGGGGCGACGGGAGCGGUGGGCGAAGCGACCGGCGACGCCGCUUCAGGAACCAAGGACAGCGACCAGCGUGGUGCGGGCGCGGCAACGGGAAACGCGGUCAACUCGACCGCCGUUUCCGCGUCCUCUUGCCCGUCUGCGGCACCCGAAAGAGGCGGGCGACCUCGGAGAUGUUGCACCGUGUGCAUGUGGGUCUUUCAGACGGUGCUCCAUGCCUUACAACUGGGACAAGUGUGGAGAUACAUCCACGCUCUCUACUUGGGCGCCCAGAGUCGUUGGCACAGCAACAGCUCCCACCACCGCUUCCACUGGCGCCUAAUGUUCGAGAGUGCUGACAUCACCAUGCUCCGUCUCUUGGAGGCCUUCCUCAAGUCGGCGCCACAGCUUGUCCUUCAGCUAAGCAUCAUGAUCCACGGAAACGCAGUCCUCCCGCUGCAAGGUCUGUCGGCCUCUGCCUCCCUCGUGUCGCUGGCUUGGAUGAUCGCGUCCUACCAGAAGGUUCUGAGAGACUCACGUGAUGACAAGCUCCCCAUGUCCUACAAGGCCGUCAUCGCUCAGAUUCUCUGGCACCUGUUCACCAUCGGUGCCAGGACAGUGGCCUUCGCCCUCUUUGCCUCUGUCUUCCAGCUGUAUUUUGGAAUUUUCAUCGUCAGUCACUGGUGUAUCAUGACCUUCUGGAUCAUCCAAGGCGAGACUGACUUCUGCAUGUCCAAGUGGGAGGAGAUUAUCUACAACAUGGUGGUGGGCAUCAUCUACAUUUUCUGCUGGUUCAACGUUAAGGAAGGGCCCAGCCGCAUCCGAAUGACCGUCUACUACACCGUGACGCUUGCUGAGAACGUAGCGUUGACGGCGGCCUGGUAUACGUAUCGUGGUCCCUAUACCUCUGACUCCUACGCCCUGAUUGUGGUGUGCCUGGUGGCCUGCAGCUUCGCCUUGGGGACAUUCUUUAUGUUGGUCUACUACUGCUGGCUGCAUCCUGACGGGCCAGUUCUUGGCACAAAUUGGGGCGGGUGUGUGGAUGAGGGGAUAGCUAGUGCAAGUGGCGUGGUGGGCGUGAUCGACGCCUGUCUCACCCCAUCCCAAGGUUCGCAAACAGACAUGGUUAUCACCAGUCCUCCCAGAACUCUCCCUAGGACUAAAGACACGGGUGACAUGGUUCCCGGGGAACAGGAGAGAGACAAGGAACGGGAUCGAGAUAGUUGCCUGCCAGUAUUCCAGGUGCGUCCGUCCCCUUCGUCCUCCCCGGCACUCCUCCACAGAACCUCAUCCUCCCAAGAAGGUCCUGUGAUCCGGAUCGACCUUCCAAGGAAGAGGUAUCCGGCCUGGGAUGCCCACUUUAUUGACCGCCGCCUCCGUAAGACCAUCUUAAUUCUGGAGACCACGUCAGCAGUCAGCCCAAGGAUACAGUACAGAAGUAGCAUGAUGGGCAGUAAAGAGGUGUUAGAGUAUGAGACGACUGUUUAG